AAAACCUUGUGACUUGUGAACCAUAUCAACUUCCAUUGGAUAUUAUUAUCCAAUCCCAUUUAUGUACCAACACCAAACAAACUCUUCCACAACUCCAUUCUCAACACAAAUAUUCAAACUCAACAUAAUUGCAAGAUAAAAAUGCAAUCAUUAACUUCCUUUCUAGCUUUCUUCAUUUUCCUAACAUCAUUAUCACACCCUUCCCAUUCAAACACAGUCCCUUCAUAUCCCACUCCAACUCAAUCCCCAAUAUGCAAACUAGACCUCUCCAACGAACUCUUUGGCGGCGUAAACGUCGCUUGCGGCAACAACCUCGACCGAAGCCGCUGUUGUCCCGUCCUCGCUGCUUGGCUCUUCGCUGCUCACGCGCGAAGAGCCUUAGAGAUUUCCCCUCCACAGUCCGAAAAUUCCAUCGACCUUCCGAGAAUGCCGGAUGAUUCUCAGAAGUGUGUUAACUCACUCCAAGACUCGCUUCGAAACAGAAACAUUAUAAUACCCACACCAAAUGCUAGCUGUGAUGCUGUUUUAUGUUUUUGUGGAAUCAGGCUUCAUCAGAUAAGCUCAUUAAAUUGUCCAACAGCUUUUAAUGUUUCGGAUUUUACCACGGUUCGUAAUGUGUCUGGUUCUCAUAAAGCUCCUCCUACUGCUGCGGUUCGUGAAUUGGAGAAGAAUUGCCGUAACUCUUCUUACGCUGGUUGCACCAAUUGUCUUGCUACAUUGCAAAAGUUAAAAGUGCACAAGAAAGAGAGCAAGGAAAGUGACCGGGAGAGGAAGAUGUUCAACCGGGACUGUCAACUGAUGGCACUAACAUGGCUGUUGGGGAAGAACAAGACGUUGUAUAUACCAACAGUUUCAGCGGUUUUACGUGCUAUAAUGUACAGUGCUCAUCCACACGAUAUAAUGUGUAGUCCAGACCAAGAGAACAUGCCUUUAGCCGUUGAUUCGAUGCAAUUCGAUCACGCGAGUAGCAGUGAGACACAAUCUUGGCCGUUCAUCAAGUUGUUCUGGAGUAUGAUUGUUGUUAUGAUUGGGGUUGUGAUGUGAUUGCAUGGGUCUGUGUGUUAGUCACGUGAAACUAUAUUAUUGGAAAAAUGUAUAUGCAAAGAGACAAAGAGGUACGUUUCAGUUGUCUAUUUUUGAUAGAUGAUCGAAUAAUGCAACUUUGGAGCAAACAAAAAGAAGAGACAAUGCAACAAGUUAGACAAAUGACAACAUGUCACGGGCCUCAAAUCUCCUAUCAUCACUUGUGUAUAUGUUUGCUUAUUACUUUUCGGAUACCACAAAUGUUUGUUGUAUUUGAUCAUCCACGUUGAUUAAAAUUAUAUUUGUGAUGCAUAUUUUUAAUUAGAAGUUUGUUAUAUCAAAAUUCUGAAAAAAGAACUUUGACCAAGCUAUAGCUCGGCUUAGGAUCUGUAUGGUUUAAAUGAGAGCGAG